AUGGCCACUCCGAGCUCCUCCAAGGACAGGUUCUUUGAGAACAUCAUCAACCCGUAUUUGUGGGAGGUGAUGCAGCACCCUCAAGCCAUUGAGAUGCGUGAGGGGCUGCUCCACAUCCGAGACGUCCAUGGGCCUAAGGGUAAGGGAACCAUGGAGGCCAGGCUCGAAGCCAUGGAGCAGGAGGUCUUCAAGUGCAAGGGGAUGGUGGAGCGCGGACUCAACGCCUAUCACCUCAUGAUUACGGAUUUCACCUGUGAUUACAAGGUGGAUGGCCGGUGCAUGAAGGACGUCGUCUUCAUCCUCAACGAGCAAAUCAACUUUCUACAAAGCUAA